AAGCAUUAGCAGAAUUAUGGGAAGUAGAUGAUGGUAAAUUGCCUAAUUAUUUGGCUAUUGAAGAGAAAUUGGUCACAGUAGAUAAAACCUUACAACUAUUGCUAGAAGAUUAUGGAUCAAGUUUCGGAGGAACAUAUAUAGAUGUAAAGGAGAGAUCAGUAUAUGUCAAUACAGUGAACAGCUCUGCAGUUCCUUCUAUAAUAAAUUCGCCUGAGUUAAUCCGUACUGGUUACUUAAAGUUUAUAGAUUUCAAACCUGCAAAAAAUUCCAUGGACAAUUUGAUACACCGCUUUCGUAAAAUAAGUGAUCUAGCUAGAAAAUAUCAACCAUAUAAUCUUAUAAUCUAUAUUGAUAUGAAGAUUAAUGAUGUUAUAAUAUGUUAUGUAAACGAGGAUCCAAUUGUAAAUUUAGCUUUUUAUCUCGUCGUUAAAAAAUAUAAGCCAAAGUAUAUUGAAUUGAAGCCCGAUA